CCACCCUUAAUUACCGCCGUUGUUUUUUUCGCGUCCGAGGAAUUAGUUUGGUUUUGGUGCGGGAUUUUUUUUUCUCAACUCGCUGUUUUCAGGUGCUUUUUAUGGCCCGCUCUUAAUCUUAUCGCAAAUCAAACCGCGGGCAAUGAGAAUUGUAAUUGCAUUUUUUGGCUAACGGUAACGGCUUCGCACAGUGGGCUAAAUUGGGAUUAAUAUUGAAUCCGAAUCCGAAUACGAAUCGAAUCCCGGCCAGAAUUUUAAGUGAACAAUGCCCGUAAAGACGGUGAAUCGGCAGCAGAGCCAAACGCCCGCCCAACAACUGCAAUUGCAGCAGCAGCGGGACGUGGAAAAUGGCCUUUAUCCGACGAUUCCGCCCGAGCGCCGCUCGCCUCCCUCGCGCCCACAAACGCUGCGGCAGGACACCAUCGACAUGGAGGAGAUACCUCUGAACCAGACCAACCCUUCGGAACCCGAGGAUCGCCGCAAAAUGCGCGAGAUAUUCGACAAGCACGACUCCGACAGGGAUGGUCUGAUCGGUACGCACGAACUGAAGGAGCUGAUAUCGGAUGGUUAUUGCCGGGACAUCCCCGCUUAUAUCGCCGAGCAGAUCCUGAAGCGCGGCGACCAGGACAACGAUGGCCAUUUGGACUUUGAGGAGUUCUACCAGAUGUCCCUGCGCCACAAGUGGAUGGUGCGCAACAUGCUGACCCGCUACUGUCGCUACGUGGUCCCGCCCCCAAAACCACUGGAGGGCGACGAACCGGACGGCGCCUACGAGAAGCAGAUGUCCAUCUGCCCACCGCCACUCACCAUGGUCAUCUUCUCGAUCAUCGAGAUCAUCAUGUUCCUGGUGGACGUCAUUCACUUCCAGGACGAUCCCAACUACCAGGAUCGCAUUGGAGAAAGCACCAGCGGACCCGCAGCCACUCUGUUCAUUUACAAUCCCUACAAGCGCUACGAGGGCUGGCGCUUUGUGAGCUACAUGUUCGUCCACGUGGGCAUUAUGCAUCUGAUGAUGAACCUGAUUAUCCAAAUCUUUCUGGGCAUCGCCCUGGAGCUGGUGCAUCAUUGGUGGCGCGUCGGUCUUGUCUAUCUGGCCGGUGUUCUGGCCGGAUCUAUGGGCACCUCACUCACCAGUCCUCGAAUCUUCCUGGCGGGCGCAUCGGGUGGAGUAUACGCACUGAUCACGGCUCACAUUGCCACAAUAAUAAUGAACUACUCGGAGAUGGAGUAUGCUAUCGUUCAGCUGCUGGCGUUCCUGGUCUUCUGCUUCACCGAUCUGGGAACCUCGGUGUACCGCCACCUGACCGAUCAGCACGACCAGAUUGGCUAUGUGGCGCACUUGUCUGGCGCCGUGGCCGGUUUGCUGGUGGGGAUCGGGGUGCUGCGCAAUUUGGAGGUGCGGCGCUGGGAGCGCAUCCUCUGGUGGGUGGCCGUUAUCGUCUACUUUGCGCUCAUGACCACCGGCAUCAUCAUCCAUGUCUUUGUGCCCGACUACUUCCCCAAGCAGGAGUACAACUAGCCCUAGAACUUAGCCGUAGCCCUAGCCCUAGCCUAGACCAUGUCCAAAGUGCACUUCGAUGUUGAGCCGAGGCUGCAGUACGCACAGUACUAACAAUAGCAUUAGCCUCCCUUCCCGGCCUUUUUGCCACGCCCCACCCUCCCCCCCCCCCCUCCCAGCUCCGACCAUGUGCCUAUGAUGGCUGCAAACAUAAUUUAUUUUCUUAGACCUUGCCAUGGCAGCCUCAUCCCAUCCGUACGUAUAAGGUACGUAUUUUUUUAUAUUUAUAUAUAUAUAUAUAUAUUCUCGAUCUACACGAUGCAACGAAAUGUGUGGUCUGGGAUGGUUUCCCAUUUAUGAAAACCCCGCUGAGAACGAAACUCAGCUGCUGCAUUUGUAUUGUACAUUUCGUCAAUUUAUUUUUUUUUCUUCUACAAAACAACGAUUUACCAAGAAUAACGAGAAAUAUUUUUAAACAAUGUAUACUGUAUAUUUUUGGAGAUUUAUUAUUAAGAUCUUGUAUUUAAAUGCAAUAAAAACAAUGUCUUUGUAUGAAAUAAACGAAUAGUGACGUUCUUAA